AUGGCUCCUCUCGUAGUCCUUGCACCACUCACUUGGCGAUUAAAGCGUAUUUUGGGAACCGGUGAAUAUCAGACAAAUAAUACAUUACGGAGACCACAGACGAAACUCCUUCAUGAAGAACACACCAGGCUCGAUGAAGAAUGCUCUGACUGCGUCUCAGCUCUUUCACGUAUCCAUUUCAUUCCAGUAGAAGUUUUGACCGACAUCUUGGUUUUGGCAACCGAGGAUCCGUACGACACAUUUGACUUGAGGAACGGCCCUUGGAUGAUAGGUCGGGACAAAAAACCGACUGUUAUCAUUCUCCUUCACUCCGUGCGAAGAGCUACACUGCCUUUUGAGAUCUCUGGUCGAUCAAUCCCAUCGCUGGGACCGUGUUUACCUACGUCUAGGGAUAGGACUAUUUUUUGGACCAAGUUCAAUCGGCAGAACGUUUCCGAACCUAUCGUACUUGAACAUCCGAGUGAUGGGGGCGGAGGAUUGCAAGGUCAUAUUCGGUGCCUUCGAAAACGCUCCGAAGCUGACAGUGCUACACCUGGAAGUACAGGAAGCCAACACGCCAAUCAUUCUUCGUCCUUUCCAAACUUGCUUGAAUUCAAACAGACUGGCGGCAGGAAUCCUCGUAGUCAUCUCCUCCCAGAGCGGAGCAUCCGCUAUUAUCUCGAGUUCAUUCAGAACAGCCCAAAUCUUCGGUCAUUCGACAUGACGAAAUACGCGUCCGAGUCGGUUCGGGAAACACUGCCGGGCGUUUUCAACUCGUCCCUUCGCGAGUUGACCGUGUGCGCACCGGAAUUAAAUGACAAGUUAACCUUGACCUCCUUGGAGACUUUCAAUCUGUACAUUGCCGACCGGAGCUUCAGUACAUAUGUGGACAAGGGGUCCAUCGCUCUCCAUCGUCCCAUCGAGAGAUCCUGUGGCUCACUGGCCAGGCCGUCCCUUUGCGAUACGGGGCAUUACAUGAUAGGACCCUCGUUCAUUAUUGACAUCCUAGCCUCGACCUCCUGCCUCCGGGAGCUUCAUAUAGAAUGGAGGGAACGGAGUCAGUCAGUAAUGGAUGAACUGCAAUAUGUGAUCAUGGAGAUGUCGAAUUUGAAUGCAUCGCGGCGCCCUCUCAUUCCACGGCUGGAGCGGUUCACGAUCCGUGUAGACACCGCACCAACUGAGGAUCCGUUUGUUGAUUUUAAGCCCGGAUAA